GUGCAGGCCCUGCAGCAGCAGCGGCCUCAGCGUGGUGGGGCCAGGAGCCGCCGCUCAGGUGGGGCCCCUGCCCUGCAGCAACGCCAGCAGCCUCCACCAGGACGCCAGCAGCCUUCACCCCAGCAGCAGCGCCAGCAGCAGCAGCCACACCAGGCUGCGGGUUCCAGCCGGUGUUGGGGGUGUGGGCGUGUGGGACACCGCAGAGGUGACCAGUCGUGCCCCGCCUACAACAGGACCUGUUCCAAGUGUGGGAAGCUACACCACUUUGCCCUGCACUGUGGUGCCACUCGUGUAGUGUCUAGUGUACAAGUGCUCGCUGUCAGUGCCUCACCUUUGACAGUUGAUGCUCAGGUGGAGGGACAGGAGGUGACCUUCACCGUCGACUCAGGAUCGCCUGUGUCGAUCCUUCCCAGGAGUGUGGUGGGAGGGGACCUGACAGCAACUGAUCAGCGCCUGUGUGCCUAUGGGGGGAGUGUAUUGGAUGUUUUAGGGGUUAAAAGUGUAUGUGUAUCAUGUAAGGGGAAAACUGCCAGUGUCACUGUGUAUGUCGUGCCUCAUGGCCGUGCAUUGAUGGGCCUGGACAUGAUGGAGGCGUUCGAUGUGUGUAUCGUGGGUAACCGCGUGUGUGCUGUUUCCACAGCCUCUUCCUCCCACGCUACUCCGGAACCUGCUGAGCCUCCCAGCCACCCUGCUGAGCCUGCCGACCCACCUGCCUCACCGUCCGGGAUCCAGCCUGCCAUCCUUGGCUACCAACACCGUGUCACCGUCAGUCCUGAGGUGGCACCUGUGCGGCAGCCUCUUCGCCGGCUGCCCCUGGCAGUGGUUGAUGAGUAAGAUCGUGGAGCUAGAGGAGGAACUGCGCGUCGUCGGCAACAACCUCAAGUCGCUCGAGGUUUCCGAGGAAAAGAUCAGCGCCGGUCAACGAGAAGCUUAAGCACAAGGGCGCCGCUGACGAGAUGGAUACGGCGGCGUUGGCCGAGUUCUCGGGUCACUGAGCGUCUGAUGGGCGCGGCGCACCUCCGACACCAGUGACCGCUGCUGCUGACCGGAUGUUGCCCCUGUCUGCACCUCCGACACCAGUGACCGCUACUGCUGACCGGAUGUGUGCCCCUGUCUGCGCCUCCGACACCAGUGACCGCUGCUGCUGACCGGAUGUGUGCCCCUGUCUGCACCUCCGACACCAGUGACCGCUACUGCUGACCGGAUGUUGCCCCUGUCUGCGCCUCCGACACCAGUGACCGCUGCUGCUGACCGGAUGUGUGCCCCUGUCUGCGCCUCCGACACCAGUGACCGCUGGGUUCUCAUUGAUGCAUGUUUGUGUAAAAAUGACAGCAUAACGGGCGUUUGUUUGCUUUUUUGCCAAGUUCUCUAAGCUUCGUACGAUCUUCUUGCCAUCUGCUUCAAAUUCAUGAGGGAUAGAGACCCAGCUAUCAACCGGCAAAUGAACAUGACGGGUAUUCUGUCCUUAUACGAUGGAAGACCCUUGGCGCCCAGAUAGAUAGCACUUAGGUUUUAGACUUGUGUGCUAGUUGAUUAUGUGUAGGCCGAAUGCAUGCGAAACUGUCAUUGAAACAUGUGUGGCUUGUCUGAUGAUUGUAACUGAAUGUAACUGAACCGAUGAUUGUAACCGAAUGAUGUAACUGAAUGUUUGUGUUAUACGAAAUGCGUGUCGGUGUUUAAUGAAUAUGUACGUCGAGUG